GAAUAUUAUUUUUCUAAUCAACUGAGAAAGUGAAAAUUGCCCCAAGCAAUUUAACCCUUCCCGUUAAAUUACAAUUUAAGUUAAUUCAGUUUCCAUCCCUAAACUUGUUCAUCACAAUUAACUUUAUAAAUACUCUCAACACUUACAGAUCUUUAUUAUAACAGUUUAAAUAUUGUUACUUAUUGAAUAUCGAGGUAAUAAUUUACAUUAACAAUUAAUAUUAACAAGCCUAGGAUGUUGAGGUGAUGAAGAAGAUACUAUUUAAUUAAUCAUUGGGAUGAGAACAAUUAAAUUGUUUCCAAUUGCAACCAAGAGACAAACGCUGGAUAACAAUAAACCCGGACUAAUAAUUUUGAAUAUAAUCUACCAACCGUUGAUUGUGAUUAAGAAAUAGAAACAGCAACAUAAUUAGAGAUGAUGAUGAGAGAGAAAUUAAUUGUGAUCAUAUAAAGGAAAGUUAAAAAGAGAGUAAAAAAUUAGCUGGUUAGUUGAUUGAAUUUCUGAAUAAUCAUAUUGCCCUGAUUUAAGGAGGAGAACAAGCUGAUUUACUGAUUGUUGUCUCUUUUCAGUUAAUUGUUGUCAUAAUCUUUAUCUAGAUUGAUCUAAAUUUCUCUUUCUUUUUGAAUUUUCUCAUCAAAACAAAUCACAAUCAAUGAGAAUCAACAAACCCAUGAAAAGUAUAAGCGGAUUUUCAUCUUUAUCAACAUCUUAUUGUGAAUUCAAUGUUACCUUUAAUCAUUAAGGAUCCUGGAAUCACAGGUAUAUAAGUGGGCGAAAUGUUCAAAUCAAAGUAUCAGUUGAUCUUCAUCAAUCUAACAGUGAACAUCAUUUAGUGAUAGAAUUGAACAUUUUGGAUUAUCUUUAACACUUAAUUCACUUUAUUUCGACAACUAAAACAGCAACAAUUAACUAAAUUAGAAUGUCUACAAUUCGUGUUUUGGGAGAUUUAGUUAUUUUCACCAUCGCUGUUCAUCUUAGUUUAUCUCAAUUGGCCUUCGCCAGUGUACCAAAAGCCGCUGCCGCUAAUUUAACAGCCUACAAUACACCUUAUGCUUAUUAUGAUUACGAACGAGAUCCUCGCCAAUGGAUGGGAACACCUUAUACACCUUAUGGGGCAUCAGUCGCUCCCUUGACCGGUGGAUUAGAAGCAAUUGCAAUCGGUCUUUUAAUUGCUCUUGGAAUUGGAAUAAUUGGAUUCCCAUUGGUUCUUCUCCUUUUCUCACUUUUCCUUGGAAAUUCUGGUUCAGGUCUCAGUUUUGUUCCACCGGCAUCAACAACCACCGUCACUGGCCGUAAACGACGAGAUGUCCUAAGUAACCUUUUCCCCCAAGUUCCACCUCAACUUCAAGAUCGAUUAGUGAAAAUGUUCAGUCAAUUCAGUGAAUCUCCUGAUAAAAUGGCCUUUAUCAAGAAAUACUUGGAAUCUUAAUCGAUCUCCUAAUCUACAAUCAUCAAACUUUUUCCAAAGUGAUAAAACUUUUUUUACCAUCUCAAAUUUUGUUUAAUUUUUUCCCGAACUGUAAGCCCACCAAAAAGUAAUUGCAAUCAGUUGAUUAUAAAAUAAACAACCAACUGAAUUCAGUCAAUUAUGAUUAUCAUACUGUAAAAAGAAACUGUAAAAGCUCAUAAUCAAACCCAGUGACAUUUAAAAUUAAAACUUUUUUGUUGAGAGAAAAAAAUUAAUCCUAAACGUUGAAAAAAUUCAACAAUUAAGACAGAAAAUCAAUAGAAAUUGACCACACAGUUACACAAAUUGACCAUUUAAAACUCCAAUCAUUUAAUACAUAGAAUUGAAUCAAAAGAAAUCGACAAUAAAUCAAUUAGUAAAUAAGAUGAAUUAUUGAGGAUUUCAAAAAGUGAUUUAAUUAUUAACGAAAACAGGGUAACCCAGAAACGAAUGAUCGAAAAGGUAAACAGAUGCUUACGAAUGCUGUGGAUUAAUUUAAAUAAACCUAAUUAAAGUUAAAUUGUUCUGUUUAAUGAAAUAAUUAAUUCGGUUUGAAACAAAGUUAAUAUUUGAUAAUAGCAACUGACC